GUGUUUGAUUAUGAUGAUAAGUUAUAAUUCAAUACAAACAACGCAACCAGGGCCGGACCAACACUUGGUGUGGUAGGUUCACAUUCAGGAUGAGUUCAUUUGGUGGAUUGAUGGUGGAAUACCCACAAAUAGCAAUUGACAGAUUCCAGGGUCCUGCAGUUCUCAAAGCUAGAGCUUAUUUCCUCUCUCAUGCACAUGCUGAUCAUAUGGUUGGUCUCGGUUCUCAGCAGUUUUCACAAAGACUUAAUUCAAGUACACACAUCAAGCUCUACUGCUCUGAAGUUACACGUGAGUUUCUACUGACAGACAGACGGUUUGUUCAUCUGGAGCCAUUCCUAAUCAGUCUACCGAUUGAGGAGCCGACGCUAAUCACGCUCUGUGAUGACACAAAGGAAAAGGACAAACAGGUUCUGGUGUCGUUGCUAGCCGCUGGUCACUGCCCUGGAUCUGUCAUGUUCUUGUUUGAGGGUGAUGAAGGCAAUGUGUUAUACACCGGUGAUUUUCGCUUUGCUAAAGGUGAAGCAGCACGUAUGGAACUACUGCAUUCUGGAAACAGCGUUAAAGAUAUCAAGAGUGCGUAUGUUGAUACUACAUUCUGCGUGCCAGAGGCUAUGUACAUACCUAGCAGGGAGCAGUCUAAGGAUGCUCUGCUUGACUUAGUAGAACAACAUAUACAGAAGAGUCCUACCCACAUGGUACGUCUAGCGUGUAAAGCCAAAUACGGAUACGAGUACCUGUUUGUGGAGAUCAGUAAAGAGUUUAAUCUAAAGGUACAUGUGUCAUCACUAGUCAUGGCGCAGUAUGAAAGAGUCCCACUCCUUGCCAAACAUCUGACUACUGACGGCAGCACCACGCAGGUUCAUGCAUGCAGGUACAUGGAUUGUUCAAUGAGUAAUGCCACCGAUGUGUUAGUCGUUGUACCAAGUACCAUGUGGUUCACCCGUAAUGCUCAGCCCUCUGAUGUCGUAAGGAAAAUUGGCCGCCGGUACAGACUUUGUUUUUCCUUCCACUCGUCAUUCAGUGAGGUGCGGGACUUUCUCAGCUACAUUCAACCAGUCAACAUUUAUGCGAAUGUAAUUCCUUACAGAUGUACAGAGGAAAAAAUAAAUGAAAGGUUGAAGGAUCUGAAGAGAGGUUCAAAGAAAAGUGACGUCAGUGAGUCGACAUCUUCUUAUAAACCACUUGGCAAACUUAAAGUAUCAGCAAGGACAGUUCAGAGAUAUAAUGCUGCUCCUUGUCAGUUUGGCAGUGACAUUACAGAUGAGUUGGAAGCUCUAUUUAAUAAGACAUCACCUCUGGUUGAUAGAAGAAAGAGAAUCAAGCUUCAAGAAAACCAUCAUGAUGGAGGCUUUGAAGCUGAUGGUGAUCAACAGCAAAGAAUAUUGAUGGACACAGAGAGUUCUAGUAGCCAUAGUUACAUUGCCAUGGAUGACAGUGACUUGAGCAGUUGUGAGCUAGACUUGUUCGAUUCAGCACCUGGACAAUCUCAGACACACAGGGAAGAUGUGAAACAACCAAAUCAUACCUCAUCUGAGUCAGGAGACUCGGUAAAGUCUACUAACUUCCCUCUGCAUCAGACCACCAAAGCCUCAACGUCCUCUCGAACUCUGACAGAAAGUUCGAAGCCUGCUGAGGCAGAGACGAAAUUCCGCUCAGACACAAAGUUGUCCGGCAUCAAAUCAAAACAUAAUGAGAUUAGCGACUGGUUGAGAUAUCUUCCAAACUCGUUGGCCGUUGAAACACAGGUACUUGGAAAGAGGAAUAAAUCGACGAUGGAUGGGUUGUUCGUGGAUAAAACACAUGAAAGAGAAGUAAAGAACGUUGACUCUUUGGAUAUGAACAGUUCUUUAACAACCCAACCAGACAACACUGAAAGGGACAAGGUCAGGUCAAAGGUCAGUUCAAAGGUCAGAGGUCAACAAUCUCCAAAUAAGAAGCAGACUGUUGAAAGCAGAUUAGAGUCACACGAUGAAAAACAAUCCAUACGUAACGCGUGUCAUCAAGACACCAAACCUGAUGAGCUCUCGGAAUUAACCAGCUCAUUUGCCGAGUCAGACAAAACGGAAGAAUAUAAAUUCAGCUCCAGUCAAGAAUUAUUCCCGGAGGAGAAAGUGCAAGACUCGUCUCGCGAGGAGGUUCAAAUCCAGCCUGGAAACUGUGACUCGAGAACGUAUCAAGGAAUUUUAGACGUUGACGACAGCGGUGAAUCUAAAGAUAAGAUCAAUGAUGAUUCAGGGUUUCCAACCGGUUCGGACUCAUUUAGAGGUAAUGAAGCCUUAGAACAUGAUUAUUUUAGAUUGAAUGUUGCAUCUGAUCCAACCCAACCUUCCUUACAUCGCAAUAGCUCCCCAUUACAGUCACCUAAUAGAAUCAAUAAUUUACAAUCAUCAGACGUGCAUCAAAUACCAUCCAAAUCCAAAGAACCAUUGUUACCGAAGACAGUAACGCAAUCAUUUGCUGAUAACAUUGGGCAGUCUCUAGACACCAAUUAUUCAGGGGAGACAUUCUUGCCUAGCUCUCAAAGUUCUCUUAUCUCACAAGCUUCAUCUGAUUUUGACAUCCCGUGUACCCCAGAGGGUAAGAAACUGCACCCUUCACAAGUUGAGGAGGUGAGGGUUAUGAUAGCAAGAGGAGACUCGAUUCCUCUGGUGUCAUGUAAGAAGAAAAUCGAAUCAGAUUAAUAGUGAGAUUCAAAAUGGAGAUUCCAUUGGGAAAUAUCUCUUGUUAUGUGAAUGGCUUUGGUUCUUAUUAAUGAAUUUGUUGUUAAUUUCAUGAUGUAAUUGUCUUUAGUGCGCUUGACUGCAUGGCCUCACCACACCACACAGCAGUUACAGACACAUUCGCUAAAGCACUGAACUAAGUUGUUCAGCUUUUAAAGGCACUGGACACCUUUGGUAAUUGUCAAAGACCAGUCAUCUCACUUUGUGUAUCU